UGUCCCUUUUCUUAAUGUGAUAAGGCGUAACGUUAUGGUUUCAGCUCUGUUCUCACAAUGACGGAUACGACUCCAAAGUUGAUCGUAACGAGCGAGGCAAGUUCUGAUGAUGUUCCAUGCAUUACCAAACGCCAUUCUCCAGAUAAAAUCCAACCACUAGGAAUUGGUCGUUGGCUGGCCCUAAUGCGUACCAAAGAGUAUGCACAGCUCAUUUCUGGCUCGGAGGUCAUUACGGAGUGUGAAUUAAGCCGACAUAGCAAUAUUGAGGAUAUGUGGAUGGCCCUUCCACAUUCUGUUUGUGUCUUCGAUGUCACCAAGUUUGCACGGUAUCACCCUGGUGGCAUCGAUCUCCUGCUGCAACACUCCGGAACGGACGCUACGGAUGCCUUUCGUUUGGCUCACUCAUACGUAAACGUUGACAUUAUUGGGAAAUUCCGGAAAGGAUUUCUUCAACGUAAUAAACCAGGCACGCAUACUUUUCGCAAAUUCCUCUCCCCUAACGCACCUGCGCUCCCCACGCGGACUGAAUCCAAAAAGCCCAACUGGAAUUGGAGCCAAGUGGAUAGCCAGACAACGGAACUCGCUGUGUACUAUCCCAUGUUUCAACCUCUUCUGGAUGAACUCUCUUCGGUGGACAAUCUACGAGUUCUUGCUCGGUGGUUCCCUCCCUCUACUGACCCAACCAAUUCAGACGCACGGGGUUUGCUGCUUCUUAGGACUCUAUUAUACGGUGUUUAUCACAAAAUAGCCUUUCGCCUCUUGCCUUCGUUGCUGCCAGAGCUUCCAUCAUUGCACUUGUCAGCUGAGCGUUCGACUUUGGAGCCCUGUGGUUCCUCGUCCGCCGCAUGCAUCAGUGCGCUAUUGAAUCUCCGCGAUAAAAUCUCCAAACCAAAUACGACUGGUGGGCCACUCAAGACAAUUGGUUCAGUCGUCGUGGAUGCGUUCGCGUCUGUGAGCUCGGAACCUGGCCUUGACGUGGGUGAGCUGCCUGGUGCAUACUAUGAACCUAAUCUUUUCAGAGGAAUCAUUCAUUGA